GCUGAGGUUAUGAAAGCAGAGCCUGGGUGGUUGCGGGGGGCGGGGGACCAAGGGGAUGGGCUGGCCUGUCCUCACCACCCCAUCCGGCCGCCUGCCUGCCCUCCCCAGGGCGGGGAAGGGGGUGGGUCAGCUCCCCUGAGCCCCUGGGAGAACAGGCUGUGUGUAGGGGGGUGGCUUAAGCAGAGAGAUGGGGGGUGGUGGCGGCCACUACACAGGCUCCAGGAGGUGACCGCCUGGUUUCCAUUAGGGAGCCCUGGUUGGCAGUUCGGGCGAGUCGGCAGAGCACGGCUGGCUAUGUGGCUGAGCCUGCUGCUGCUCCUGCUGUUGCCGGGGCCCCUGCCCGCCCCUGUCAUGGAGGACACCGCCUUCCCCCACCUGGGAGAGAGCUCGCAGCCCCCACCCCGGGCGUGUCCCCCGAGAUGCUCCUGCCCCCGUGCCGACACGGUGGACUGUGAUGGCCUGGACCUGCGGGUGUUCCCAGACAACAUCACCAGGGCCGCCCAGCACCUCUCCCUGCAGAACAACCAGCUCCAGGAGCUCCCGUACAACGAGCUGUCGCGCCUCAGCGACCUGCGGACCCUCAACCUCCACAACAACCUCAUCUCCUCUGAGGGCCUGCCCGAUGAGGCCUUCGAGUCCCUUACACGGCUACAGCACAUCUAUGUGGCCCACAACAAGCUCUCAGUGGCCCCCCAGUUUCUGCCACGCUCCCUCCGUGUCGCGGAUCUUGCUGCCAACCAAGUGAUGGAGAUCUUCCCGCUCACCUUUGGGGAAAAGCCGGCGCUCAGGUCCGUGUACCUCCACAACAACCAGCUGAGCAACGCUGGCCUGCCCCCUGACGCCUUUCACGGCUCCGAGGCUGUCACCACCCUCAGUCUCUCCAGCAACCGGCUCAGCUACCUGCCGCCCAGCCUCCCGCCCUCACUGGAGAGGCUCCACCUGCAGAACAACCUCAUCUCCAAGGUGCCCCGAGGAGCUCUGAGCCGCCAGACACAACUUCGUGAGCUCUACCUCCAGCACAACCAGCUGACGGACAGCGGCCUGGACGCCACCACUUUCAGCAAGCUGCGUAGCCUUGAGUACCUGGACCUGUCACACAACAAGCUGGCCACGGUGCCUGCAGGCCUGCCCGCAACCCUGGCCAUCCUGCACCUGGGCCGCAACCGCAUCCAGCGGGUGGAGGCAGCUCGGCUGCGCGGGGCUCGGGGCCUGCGCUACCUUCUGCUGCAGCACAACGCGCUGGGGUCCUCAGGGCUGCCCGCCGGGGCGCUGCGGCCACUGCGGGGCCUGCACACACUGCACCUCUACGGCAAUGGGCUGGACCGCAUGCCCCUGGCACUGCCCCGCCGCCUGCGGGCGCUGGUACUGCCCCACAACCUUGUGGCCACGCUGGGUGCCCGUGACCUGGCCACCACGCCGGGCCUGGCUGAGCUCAACCUGGCCUACAACCGCCUGGCCAGUGCCCGUGUGCACCACCGGGCCUUCCGCCCACUGCGUGCCUUGCGCAGCCUUGACCUGGCUGGCAACCAGCUGACCCGCCUGCCCGAGGGCCUGCCCACCAGCCUGCGCACCCUGCGGCUACAGCGCAACCAGCUGCGGGCCCUCGAACCCGAGCCACUGGCCGGCCUGGACCAGCUGCAGGAGCUCAGCCUGGCGCACAACCGGCUCCGGGUUGGCGACAUUGGGCCCGGCACCUGGCAUGAGCUGCAGGCCCUCCAGGUCAGGGGUGGGCUGGUUAGUCAUGCAGACUGUCCCCAAGCUGUCCCCACGGCUCCUCCAUCCCUCUGCCUGCCCAGCAACUCCCACACUCCAAGGCCUUGCAAUGCCAUAAAGAGCCCCCACUGUGGGCCAGUGCUGGACCUCAGCCACAACGAGCUGUCCUUCGUGCCCCCCGACCUGCCUGAGGCCCUGGAGGAGCUGCACCUGCAGGGCAACCGCAUCGGCCACGUGGGCCCCGAAGCCUUCCUCAGCACGCCCCGCCUGCGUGCCCUCUUCCUCAGAGACAACAAGCUUCACAUGACGAGCAUUGCGGCCGAGGCCUUCCUGGGCCUCAUGCACCUGCGCGUGGUGGACACAGCAGGUAACCUGGAGCAGGUCCUUGUCCGGCUGCCACCCACAGUUCUGCGUGGGCCACAGGCAGGGGGCCCUUGA